GCCCGUGACGUCAUCAGUGGCCAUGUUUUGAGACAGGGAAGAAGUAGUUCUCGUGAUAAUAAUAAUGACAGUCUAGAUCGGGGAAAUGGGAGCAACUUUAUCUUCCAGAAGGAAUACAGGGGUGGAAUCUGUGGACAUAGCGGCUAGCAAUGCCUACAGAUAUCCACCUAAAACUGGUCAGUAUUUUGGGAGUCAUUUUAUUAUGGGAGGAGAGCGGUUUGACUCACCCCAGCCUGGUGAAUACCUCUUCGGUGAAAAUGAAGAUCUCAACUUCCUUGGCAACAAGCCUGUGCCAUUUCCCUACCCUGUACCCAGUGGAAAUGAACCCACUAAAACCCUGAAGAGCCUGGUCUACAUCCGGAAAGACACUCUUCGACUGAUUAGAUCUCCUGUGUUUGAGAAGGUUCCCUUGGAGCAGGAGAAGGCCUCUACUCAGUAUACCCUGGAAUUCACGUUCGACUCCGACUGCCGGUGUGCCAUCACCGUCUUCUACCUAGCAACAGAGGAGAUCAGUGGGGGACACAUUUCGUACCACCCCAAGGAUCCAGCACUCAGCUCACAGACAUACCACUACAAGAAGGGGGCAGGACAAAUCUUCAGUCAGGCUGAUCACAUCAUUGACCCCAGCAAGUUCAGUGAUGAGGAGUGGGUGUUUGGUGUGGACAAAGAUGCCAUCCCAGUUGUUAUUCAGUGUACAGUAGAGGAGGAAGAAAACAUGGGACACUCCCACAUUACUUACGCCAUGCUGGAGAAGGGAGUAGAGGGCGGAUACAACAUCAAGCCUCUCAAACAGAAACAGUUUGUUGAUGGACUUGCCUACUUACUUCAGGAAAUUUACGGCAUUGAGAACAAGAAUAUGGAGAGGUCAAAACUGGAUCCUGAAGAUGACUUGGAAGACAGCGGGGCGGAAUGUGUCAUCUGUAUGUCUGACAUGCGAGACACACUAAUCCUGCCGUGUCGACAUUUGUGUCUGUGCAGCGCCUGUGCCGACUCCCUGCGCUAUCAGGCCAGUAUGUGCCCCAUCUGUCGAGUGAAGUUCCGGGCACUGCUGCAGGUACGGGCCAUGAGGAAGAAGGCGCCAGUACUUCAUCACCAGGGAGAGCCUGAAGAGAACCCAGUGAGUCAGGAAGGUGUUCCCCCAGGUUACGAGGCAGUCACCUUGAUAGAAGCACUAAAUGGCCAAUGUGCUCCUUUACCAGGAGAAGGAGGUCCUCCUCUCCACAUGGUGCCACCUGUGAACACAGUUUAUACCAUGGACAGCUCCAAGAAGAUACAGAAGGGGUCACAGAUCACCGAAAUGACCCCUAUUGAAUAUCAGAAAGAGAUGGAUCCUGACAAGGAGGUAGGGGACAUCAAUGAGAAGCAGCCGCCAGCUAAAAAAGAGGAGGAGGAGGAAGAUGGACAGAAGGGAAGGGUCACUCCAGAGGUUGUCAUGUCAGACAACAAGCUCGAAACAGACAAGAAGAGAGGAUCUCCCAAGAAACCCCCGCUACCUGAUGUUAGGUGUUUCUACCAGAUCCAGCGCUUGUAUGACGCCUAUAAACCAUACUCUCUCCAGCGCCUGUCCGGGCGUUUCUACCAGAUCCAGCGCUUGUAUGAGGCCUAUAAACCAUACUCCCUCCAGCGCCUGUCCGGCGUUUCUACCAGAUCCAGCGCUUGUACAGCGUUCUACCAGAUCCAGCGCCUGUACGGCGGCUCUACUGGAUCUAGCGCCUAUAACAUCAUAUCGCCACCGUCAUAUGAAGAGUGCAGGCUGGAGAGUGAGAAGAAGGUGCAGACAGCAGCACUGUACAAGCUGUCCGCCUUGGAGUGUGAGGGUGGAAAGCUGGCCAGUGGAAUCUCCACAGGCCAUAUAGCUGAUGAUGAACAGGAGGACACAUCUGAGGGUGAGCCCGAGCCAGACUAUGAGGAGGAACUCGAAGAGGAGGAUGAAGAGGAGGAUGAAGAGGAGGAGGAUACCACGACAGGCGAGUGUAUGACGGAGAGUGAGGAGAGUGAGAUCAGGGGAGUGAGCUUAUACCACCCAGCAGGGUCUCUGGAGGAAUCGGACUACCAAGCCAUGCAGCCUGUCGAUCAGCUCACCACACACGGGGGAGGUAGUAGUGGUACUGAAGGCUCCAGCUAUGGUAGCAACAGCAGCUCCCAGGCCCUGCUGACCAAUGUUGGUGCAACUGAGGAGGACAAAUCCUCUGUGUAGAGGACUCACUGGUGGGAGCAGGGCCAAGGCACACCUGUUCUAUUGUACUCAUUAUGUUUACUCAGCAUUUUGUUAAAAGUUUGAAUAGCAUGAACAGGAUAUCAGUUCUGAUUAAAGUCUGUAUAAAACUACAUACAUAAGUUGACACAACAAUAACUUCACUUUUUUACAAAUUGAAAUGCCUGUCAAAGACUACAUAUGGUAUAUCUAAGUGAACAUUGAAUUAUGUUAUUAUAUUAUUCAGUGUAUUAAGUUAUUUUGUGUACAAUAUUUCCCUUCCCCAGAAAUAUCUUUCCUGCCAAAAUGUUUAUGAAAUAACCAAGGAUGGUAAAUAUUACUCUUAUUGUAUAUAGUCAUGCACACAAAUUAUAAUUCAUUUCUGUCUUUUUACUGAAAUUUCUGAAAUUUUACAAGGUUCUUCCUGUAUGUCAGAAUCCUGCCAUUUAGUGUUACAUAACCAGAGACUUGAGAGCAGUAGAUUGACAUCAUCUCUACAUGCCAGGGCAGUGCCAUCAAGAAAGUAUUCAAAUAUGCCUAAGCAUCAAAAUGAGUAAGAACUGAUUCAUAGACAAAUAUUUACAAAUUGGAUGAGGGCAGCUCAUAAGUAAGUGAGGUUUGAAUUUCAUUUUGAAUCUAAAAGAGGAUGGUACACUUUCAACACAUAUUUUUCAUUUUGCCCAGGACCUAAGAAGUGUAUUUUUGUUGUUUCUUUACCAAUCUCUUGUGUCUUCAAUCACCAAGAAAAUGCUUCAGUCUGCAAGUAUCUCACUGUAGUGACUGUUGUUCAUUCCCCAUUAUUUUGUAUGCCAGAGCAUUGGGGUUGCAAGGCUGUUUUGUAUAUCCAAGCAGAAUCUGUAAAUACUUGUAGUAGCCGUACCAAACUGUACAGUAAUGUUACUGUACUUGUGCUGUAGUUGAUAUGAACAUCACAAAGAUAAAGUGCACUACAAUUCCAGCUGUCUGUGGCUGAAAUAUUGCUGAGGUUGCUCUAAUUUACUCACUCAUAAGUUUGUUGGGGAGAAUGUGUGAUAUAGGAAUGACUUUGAGUUGAGUUGUGACCGACAGACAGUUUUCUUUGUGUUCAUGAAAACCCGUGAAAGGUGUUCCUCUAAAUGUCCUGCAUAGAAUCUCUGCUCAGUUCUCUGAUGAUUAAAUAUGUUCUGCACUGUUCUUCAAAGUGUGUCUUAUUAUCAUCAAACAUUACUGAAAGCCAUAUUUAAAUGAACGCCCCAAAUUUGCCAUGAUCUGAGGGUUGAAUGAUAGGUUUUAGAGACUCGCAUAGAAGGACUUCAUCUAAAACCCCGUGAAGAUCCAGGUUAGAAUUGGUCUUCAGUAACCCAUGCUGGUCGUAAGAGGUGACCAACGGGAUUGGGUGGUCAGGCUCGCUGACUUGGUUGACAUGUGUCAUCGUAUCCCAAUUGCGUAUAGUGAUGUUCAUGAUGUUGAUCACUGGAUUGUCUGGUCCAGACUAGACUAUUUACAGGCCGCUGGAAUAUUGCUGAGUGCGGAGUUAAACAACAACCAGACCAAACUUCACCUAAAGAUGAUAAAAUGAUAUAAAUUUUCAUGUCAUCAUUUCACAUCACCAUCACUAAAGUUCGCAAAAACUGUCACAGGUCAAUGCAGGAAGAAAGCUCUUGCUGGAACCCGUUUCAACUUAAACCAUGACAGUCAUUUUGGACAUCUAAAAUAUGGACUUAACGAAAAACUUAAUGAAAGAGUUGAACCCAAGUUUCAUCCACAGUUGCAUACCACUGCAAGAACUCUUCUGGGUCAGUUUGGAAAAUACCUAGAUUAUCAAACGUUGUGCCUGGUGCAUGUUUUGUCAGAAGCCAGAAGUUUUGGACAACUGAGCUGGUAUUUCCUUCUUUGUGUAAGUUUCUGUGAUAAUGGAAUGUACUCUCUCUCAUGAGAAGUGCCUGUCUAUUGUCAUCCAUUGGUCUUUCAUCAGCAUUUAGUAGAUUCUCUAGAUCAUGUCUGGUGUUGAUGUCACAAGAAUUCCAAGAUGUGGGGCUUCUUCACGGUUCUUCCUACCGUGCUUAAAGUCUGUUGUCCACCUCUUUACAGAGGAUUAGGAAGGGUAUCCAUCCCAAGUGUUAUACUCACAUAUGUGGAGAUGUAACAUUUCCUUCUAUGUGAGGCUCAGAACCUAUCAAUGAACCCAUGUAACACAAGGAAAAUUGUGCUAGCUCACACUAUGUUGGUUCAGUUGGGCUGGUUGAAUUACUGAUGAAUAAACUCAACUUUUCCAGUAUGGGGGAUAGCUCUAUAACAACAUGUCACUUUCAUCUUUAAGUUUGCUAAAAUUUAUGAACCAAUGUUGUAUUGUCACAUCCAAAAUUUCGUACAUUAGUCUCAUAUGGUUGCCUUUUCUGUUGUAGUGACAUUAAUCAGAAUCUCCUAUGUCUGUCAAUCAGCUUGUAAAUGUGUAUAUAAAUGCAUGUGACUUGGUGGUCACUGAAUGUGUAAUUAUGAAAAUUGCAAUAUGACAUGGCAAGAUGAAUGUUAAAAGAUGUGCAUUAGUGCAUGUAUGUAAUAUUGUGAAAUAGUGAUUUGUUCCAUUCAAAGGUAACAAGCACAAAUAAAUGAUUAAAGAGGA